AUGGAAUAUAUUCUACACAAUCGUAGAGGAGAUAAAUGGGAAAGCGUAUAUGAUCCGGAGGCAUUUAGUAAAAUUUUAAAGCAUCAAAAUCGUUUAUACAGGAAAUGUUGGGGGUGCAAUACUGAGCGUCUGGUCUCGAGUAUCAGUUUGUACGAGCAGGAACCGCCACCAGAGUCGAAUAUUGCUGUAAUCCUUCGUCACCUAAUCAAUAAUAAUAAAUAUAGAGUGUACGGUAAUUGGUUAUGUCGAGAAUGGAAUUGUCAACACAAACAAAAAUGUCAAGACAAAUGGUCAUGUAAAAAAAUGUGGGAAUAUCAAAACAAAAUGCAAUGUGACCUUGUUGUUAAGUGUCAAAACGGAGAGGAUUGUCGGCGCCAUCAGUGUAUAUGUCCAAAAACUUGGCAACGACCUCAACAUGCAGAGAAAUGUCAAGAUAAAUGGACAGAUCAAAACAACUGGGUUUGCAAACAUCAGAAAGAAUGUAAAGAUGAACAAAAUUGCCAGCACACAAAAUCCAAAGAUGAAUAUGAAUGGGACUGUCAACACGAGAUAAAAAAAAAAUCGGUUAGUCUAUACAAAUGUGAAAACGAAUGGGAUUGUCGACAUAAAUGUCAAAGCGAAAGGGAGUGUCAACAUGAUUGGCAAUGUCAACAUGAAUGGAAAAGUGCUGAAUUUACUCGGAAGAAAUUACGCCAAUAUCUAAAAAAAACACCAGAAGAAUUGACCGAUUUUUUCAAGCAGCCUUGCAAGAAAUGUGGUAACAAGAGUUCAAUUUCUAGUUUCCUUCUGUAUAAGCAGCAGCCAAAAAGUUUAAAUGAAAAACCUGACCUUGAGAUCGUCUGUCAUCUAGUAUGGAACAAUUUUUACAGAGUGUUCGGCGAUUGGGAAUGCAAUGAUUGCAAAGCAUCUUGGGAAAGUGCUUAUACUUGGAUAUUGCUUCAAAGGUUUAUAGAAGAAGUUCCAGGAAGUCAUUUGAAAAAAAAGGAUUUUUAUGUGGUGGAAUCGUGCAAAGACCUCUUCUGCAAGAGAUCAGAAUCAACCAGUAUUAUGAAAGGAUUCAAACCUCUAACAUCAUCAGGUGGUAAAACAUCUCCUCAUAAACGAGAUUUAUGUCAAAAAUGUCUGCACUUUGAAAAUUGUGUUCAAACUGGCACCUACUUUG